AUGAAUGGUGUAACCGACCUAAACUCAAUACAAGAAGAAUUUUCUGCUCCUGCACCACCUAAAGUGGAACAUCCUUGCAGGCACCCAGGCUGCAACAGAAAGUACUUUUACAUGAAGUGUUUGCUAAAGCAUGAAUUAAAUGUUCAUGGACUUGACCUACCCAAUCCAGCCAAUGGACCUGAAAAGCUCGUGAUUAAAAUUGGAGUUUACUAUUUCAGGGCCUCGAAACCCUUUACAGGCGUGGGGUGUGUCCAAAUCCAGAUACAAUACACAGGAAGGCACAAUAGUUGAGGCUGGAACAUGAUCGUGAAGUUUUGAAAUGGAAGAAUGAAAAUGACAGCUCACAAAGAAAGUCGGAAAUCCUAGAUUCAAUAGAAACCUCAUUAAAAGACACCAUGUAUCUUGGCUUCCAGCCUACCAUUUGUGAAUUUAAGGACGUCAUCUUCCAAAAGAAAGCUGGAAAAGAAAUGUGUUUGGCAGUGCCUGAUCGAUUAGAAAAUGAAAUCACAACACUGGGUGUGUCCUGUCUGCAGCUGGCUUGUCGGGUGACCACACCAUAUGAGGUGGUACAAAACUUGUUUCAGAAUCAAGCACCUGUAUACUCUGUGGAAGAAGUUAUGAAGUGCUUUGAAACAGUGGUCGCUGUUGCAAUUGAAGAAGGUGUAUGUCAUCCAAUUGAAGCCUGCAACAUCGCAAAGAACAAGGUUGAAGAAAACAUCGCAGGUUACCAGAUUAUCGGCGACAAUCUGGAUCUUCAUAUCAAUGUGAAACACAUGUCCAAUGACAACAAAAAUGACUCUCUACACAUGUUUAAUAUAGUUGCCAUAAAGGAUGAUGUGUCUGGCAAGAGCCUUCCAGACCAUAGCAGAAUCACAGUAGAGGAAAUUAAGGUAGAAGAUUUCCUUCCAUCUGCAAGAGACAUAGAUCUCCUCAAAAGAGAUUUCAUUCCAAUUUGGACACGUGUAUUGGGCGCGCAGUUAGAAAAGUUCAGUUUGUUCAGGCCUGUAGUCGUAUGGCACAUUCCACAUGAAUACAGUGCCGUAAUGCAGCAGCCAUCAAAAGUGGUGAGAUUAAUAAAGUCACUUAAACAUUAAAUAGAACUAAUAAGAUAAUAAACCAACAAUAUAUAUAAGGUAUUAUAUAUUCAGUUGAAAAUAAUGAAGAUUAUGUAAACUGCAGUGAUACAAAUUUAAAUGAAGAUAUGACCAUCAUAAAUAACCGGUAUGAGAAAACGAACUCCUUUUUAUGGUCCCACUUAGGCUGAAGCUAAGCUGAGGAAUAUAUCGCACCCUCUAGGCUGCUUACAGUAUUUAGAUUUCUUGCUUACAUUAUUGUGCAAGAUAUGUGCUAAGUGGUUGUAAAUAUCUCACUUUAAGUGGCAACUGCCACCUCGUUAUGGUUGUGCUGGUUUUUAGAGUCAAAGGGGCUACUCGACAGCAUUUUACAAGGGGAGGUUCUGCCUCAAGUACCCUACAUUUUUCUGCACCCUUUUAGGGUGUCCAAAUACAUGGGCAAAAAUCCAGGUUCAAACUAUUUCACUGAAAAUAACAAUUUAAGUAUCAUUAUUACUAUAUAUUUUCUAGCCACUUGAUGAAUGAAAGGAUAUACCCUCCACAAACACCAAAACUGUGAGAACAGACCAGUUUCCACUUUAUUGUACAACAUAUGGCACCUACUAAUGCUCCAUGUUGUACAGUGAAGCUAGCACCACGUGCCUCUCACUCCCAGUUUUAACAUGGUGAUUGUUUAUAUUUUUGCUAAUUACUUUAGACUCCUGCUGCAGACUAAGCUGGGAUAUCUUUUGUGUUGACAUAUCCUUACUGUACACCAAGAAAAAAUAAUGGGAUGGAGAGGAAAUCUUACGGCAUUGGCCGGCAUGUGUAAAUUUCAAUUAAGUUAUUUUUAGAGGUUGAAAUUAAACAGAAGUCCUAUCCCUGAGACAUUUGCACACAGGUUAGACUGGGCGUUUCCAUCUGUCCCAUUAUUCUACCUUGUGUACACAUAGCAGUGCUUGUUAUAUCAUAUUCCUGCCAUAAAGAAUCAUUUCCCUUUCUUAAAUCAUCAUCUAAUAGCGUUUCUUUUCUGUCUUUUAAGCUUGCACAUUCUGAUAAUUAUCAUGGUAAUGCAAUUUAUACCUACUAGUUAUGGACUUUAUCAAUAUGGUUCCGAAAAUAAUCCAUACCUCCCCCACGGAAGGGAUUUUUCCUUAGACCCCCCCCCCUCUCUGGAAAUUCCAGUCAAGCUUCAUACAUUUACUUAAAAUUUUGGGCCUUUGAGAACCAACCAACAACCCCUUACCGCCACCAGGAAUUUCCAAUUCUUUCUGUGGGGGGAGUAUGGAUAUUUUCUGGAAUUACACAAUAUCAAAUUUAGUACAAUGUUAUCGCUGACAAAGUGUCCCAGUAUCCUAUCUUACUAACAAAAGAGAAAAAGUUUACAAGUUCAUUCUUAUUAUUCUUAUUCAAUAUUCAGGUUCCUCUGGGUGUUCUUCCUAAAAAUGAGAACCUUGACGAUGACAUGAUAGACAUCGUGGAAACAAUACAGGAAAAGUAUGUGCCUAGAUCAGACAAGGAAAAAGGAUUAAAGACAGUCUUCUUUGGGGGGACCAACUGA